AUGGAUGACAAUAGGCUGCGUGCCGGUGGCUCUGCUUCGGCCGCUCUAGCAAAUGCAGCGAAGACUGCGCGCUCCGAGGCAUCGAAUCCACCCGCGCCGAGCAAUGCGCCCAAGGUCCAGCAGCCGAAACCGCAAGCUUUGCCAUCGCGAUCUGGUCCCAGCUCCAUCCUAGUCUCACCGCGACAAAAAGGCAACCCCAUUCUCAACAGCGUGCGCUCUGUCGCAUGGGAGUAUUCAGAUAUUCCAGCCGACUAUGUCGUUGGCGCCACAACAUGUGCUCUCUUCCUGUCACUCAAGUACCACCGCCUGCACCCAGAAUACAUCUACAACCGUAUCCGGGAUUUGAAGGGCCAGUAUAGUCUUCGCAUCCUUCUUACCAUGGUCGACAUUGAAAACCACGAAGAUCCACUGAGAGAGCUGUCCAAGACGUCAUUGGUCAAUAACGUCACAGUCAUGCUUUGCUGGAGCGCACAGGAGGCCGGUCGCUACUUGGAACUCUUCAAGACAUUCGAAAACGCAGCGCCGACCGGCAUUCGCGCUCAGCAAGCAGGGACCUAUUCGGAGAAGAUGGUCGAAUUCAUUACUGUACCACGUAGUAUAAACAAGACGGAUGCAGUGGGCUUAGUGUCCAACUUUGGUAGCAUCCGCACUGCAAUCAACGCUGGGCCUGAGGAAAUCGGUCUGAUAGCAGGGUGGGGUGACAAGAAGGUUCAGCGAUGGUGCAACGCCGUCAGGGAGCCCUUCAGAGUCAAGAAGGCCGCGAGGCGAGGUGUUGGUCAGGACAGCAAUCGAGCGACUAUGUCACACGACAUCUCCAUGGCAGAAGGUGAGGAGCAGAUGCCAACAACAGCGGAUGCUGAUGACACAGCACACCACAGAGUGGACGACGCUGGUCCUCUUGCAAUAGAGCUGGCGAGAUCCGCUCCUUUUGCAGCUUUGGGGUCGGAUGCAGACCAACGUCCUGAUCAUCGACUUGCUGAGGACCUCAAUCAAGACGAUGAAGAGGCAAUGCGCGAGGCAGAACUGGGUCGUGUCUCGGAGGGCAGUGAGGCUCACCCAACUGCUCCAAAACCAGGAAAGAGAAAGCAAGUAGAAGAGGAGAAUAUGAGCGAAGGCGUCAUGGCCGCGCUCAGCAAGCUAAGGAAACACAUUUCAAAGAUUCGGAACCACCAAAAGAUGGGCUCUUUCACGCUACUACCAGCUGAACUCCAAAUCGAAAUAUUCGACUAUCUCCAAGCUACUGACGUCAAGGCCGCGAGAGCUGUCAGUAGAACGUUUCGAAACAACGCUACGCCGGCGCUGUUCCGUAGCAUUGUAGCUUGUGCAAGAUACCAAGCGCUGGGCGCCUUCCAGAACGUCUCCCUACACCCCAUAUAUUCAGAUUACGUCAGAGAGAUCGUUUUUGAUGGGACACUCUACGACGGGCUGCUCGCGAGAGACAGUCGCCUUUACUCUCGAACCGAGAACGCUACCGGUAGAUUUCCGUCGGAGUUCUUCUUCGCAAUGCGACCCAGAUGGAAACGAUACCAGGAUCUAUACGAGGCGCAAGAAAGCAUGAAAGUUGAUGGUGUUCUCUUGCACUCGAUUGAACGGGGCCUUGGAAACAUGCAGAACAUCUCAUCAAUUGUGUACUCGCCGCAUGAACACACCAUACCAAUAGAACGCAAGAUAACACGUGAUUUGCUACCAAGAGGAGCGCCUCCUGGUGGACUCGGCGACAAUCGUACCACCGAUUCAGAUCAUCCCUUCCGCCAACUCAUCGGUGCCAUCUUCAUGUCUGGUUAUACGGGUAUUCGACAACUUACGAUAGAAGCACCUCGCGAAGGACAUUCAUGCACCGAACUCUCCUUAGACGUGUUUGCGUUUCCAGAACCAAAUGAUCUAUACGCUGGAAGCCACCUAUUUCAACACUUGGUCAGACUGAACUUCAACUUGUCCAUUCUUAACGUCCAGCAUGAGAAUUCACACUCUAUGACCGUCAUCGAUUCACCUACACAGCAGCUCGAAAACCUAGCCAAAGUCCUCAAGGUAUCGCAAGACCUGCAACAUUUCUCCUUUGGAAUAUUGAACUGGCAGUAUCUUGAUCAACCCAUGUGGGACGGCGGAUCUAUCCCAGAAGGACGCUCUAUCGUUGACUUCAUUGGUCUUGGAGCAACAUGGCCUAAGCUUCGUACGUUGAGACUUGAAGGACUCUAUGCUAGAGAGAGAGAUCUAUGCGAAGUGAUCACUCGGCACAAGGACACCCUCAGAUCUCUUACCUUCGCCAAAUCCACUCUUUGCAUAGGCUUGUGGAUCGAAGUGGUGAACGAGGUCACUUUCAACACGUCUAUGAUCACUACGUUCGUGUUGGACAAAGUCAACGAGGACGUCGGCGCGUGGUCUGCAAGAGCCGAUACUAAAACGAAACGGAUGUUAGGUUAUGAAGGUCACCUUGUUGUGGCGAAGGAUGGCGAGCGCGAAUUUGUCGAUACUAACCCGGACAAACCCUCUGUAAAUAACGUGCGGCGUCAUGUGCACUAG